AUGACAGGCCGCGGCCGUGGUCGCAACGGUAAGGCUGCGGCAAAUCGCGCCGGUGAAGAUGCCCCUGCACCUGGUCCAGAAAAUACAAUGCCGCCCCCGGCAACUACCAGAGUGACCAGAAGCGCCCAGGCGCAGUCCAAGGAGGCCAAUAAUGAGCCUCAAGUCCCUGUGAGGCAGCUGGAAAUCCCUCGACGAGGGACGCGCCGAGAGGACCGCGCACAAAGUAAGGCUAGUGUCGCGAGCAUCUCGUCACUCCGCUCCGCUCGCACCGGAACCGAUUUCUUCCAGUCUCAACAAUCUCAGGAACCUCAGGUUGCAGCGAGUGAUGUCUCAGAGGAUGAUGACAACCGGGACCGCGAAACCACGGCUGUUUCCGUAGUAGAAUCGCCUGCCCAACAAAAGGCCAGGUUCAGACUGAUGAACAAGUUUCUUGAGAGGCUUUACACAUCAGCUAGGGAUCUCCUAGACCAUCUGAUUGAGCCAGACCAGGAUGAUGUCUGGCAUGCGGAGUUGCCUGCCUUCCGCGAUGCGUUCAACCGCGACCGUGAGCAUUAUUAUCGCGAAGGCAGUCCCUACUUCCUUGACCUUAACUAUGUCCUCGAAAGUCUGCAGGCUGACCUUAGCUCUACAUCUGGUCUAGCUGCAGCAAGAGUUAUCGCUGCGGAGAAUGUUGUUUCUUAUCUCGCCAACAUCAAAGCCACGACUCUGAGUGGACCAGAAAGCGAGAUGCCCUUGACCAUGCUACAGGCGAUGGACAAUGCUCUCGGCAAAGUCCUGGUUUCGCUCCAGGCAUGUGGUAUUCCGCGCUGGGCAGAUGAUCGCGAUAGGGCCGCGCUUGAGCUGGCUUUGGAACUCCGCACACAGCUCUUCAUUGCGACCUACAAACAAUUCGGCUCGCAACAAGAAGAUCCCCUCGGAUUACUUGCCCACGUGUUCUGUCAUCCUAAUGCCGUCGAGAAUGCCGAAGAUGAGGGGUCGCUCCGUGGACUGUUGGAUCGAGGCCCUUAUGCACGGCUGAUGGGAACCGAUGUGAAUCUGGCAGUAUAUAUUCGCAAUCACUAUCAAAACCGAAUCAAGGCCAUUCUUGGAACGUUCGAAUACGAAGGCAAUGAUCGAUACAAUAUCAUUGUCACCCGGCUGGAAAGCGAAUUCUCGUAUGACGGCUUUGUGGAUGAUGUAGAGGACUGGGUCCGAGAAACCUUUGACCAUAUUGAGGAUGUGCGGAUGAGCAGGAAUGCAUCGCAGCAGUCUCCGAGCCUGGCACUUGGACCUCGAGAGCAGUCUAUGGAGCAAUCACAAGCUGAUGACUCCCAAACCGACUCGGAUCUCAACUCUCAGCCCAUUGUUCGUGGCCCGCCGAACUCGUCAGCACCUAGCUUGCUCACCUCAGACUCAAUCCUGAGACUGAAGCAGCUGGAAUCUGGAUCUGUAGCCAUUCCGCCUUCGAAUCAGCGAGCCGCAGCCAAUGGCUCCAGCAGUGCCAGCCUGUGGCACCAAGCAGCCACUCCCGGCCCUUCGAACAAUGGUACCUUGUAUGCCGAGUCUGCAGCGAACUCUGCAAAGCGGCCAUAUGUGGUGGGUGAUGGGCAGUUCGACAACGACGAUGACGACGCCUUCGAGACAGACAACAGGGCUCCCAGCUCCCAGCGUCGUGCUCAAGCACCCGGCCGUCAACGGACAUCCCCAAAGAGAGUACGCAUCGCACCCGGAGAGACCGAGAUGCUGCCGCCGCCACCACGUUCGCGCGUGGCCCCGUCCAGCGCUCCACCGCGGCCGUCCGCCUCGGCCUCGGCACUCGGCGCCUCGCAGAAGCUGCCGCCGCCGCCCCCAUCCACGGAGCCGGACCUGCUGCAGCUCUCGCAGAUGUCCCGGCAGAUCUCCAUUGCCCACCGCCGGCCUAGGGAGCCGCAGCGCAGACAGGCGUGGAGCCGCGACGACACCAAGACGCUGAUCCGCGCCGUGUACACGUACGAGUGCAAGUGGGCCCUGAUCGCGCGGCUGGCCGCCCAGCGGCAGAUCCCCUUCGACCACGUCCGCGACCAGCAGGCGCUGCGGGACAAGGCGCGCCUCGUCAAGGUCGACUUCCUGAAAACCGACAGCGUCCUGCCGCCCGGCUUCGACGGCGUCGUCCUCGGCCAGAAGGAGCGCCGGAUCGUCGUGGACUGCGGCCGGAACCCCGAUCGGAAGGAGGCGGACAUCGACCCGGAGACCAACCUGCCGACCAACACGGUCUACGUCGAGGAUCCGUUCGCGUAG